AGCCGUAUGUAGGCUACUGGUCUUCGAAUAAUCCAGGCUGGCUCGCUGUACAGACGUCAGUUUGCUAGACAUAUACGUUUCCCAGCAGAGUGUGGCGGCCGACUAUUUCCUCCCGCCGUCUGGAGGCCUCGAGAGCUAGCGAAAGAGCCACAGGGCCACACACAGGGCCACACAGGGCCACACCCUCCGAGGAAACACCAGAGGGACGGCACUCGCAGGGGGGGAAUAUCGUGGCAGCGGUUGCGAGCGCGAGUCCUCCCUAUUGAUCCCCGGACCGCCGCCUCCAUCUUCCAGUGCAGCAGGAGACCGCUGGACACAAGCAUGGACUCGUAACCGACCUCCCUGGAAAUCCACUUAUCUAACUCUCGGAUCACUCCUCUCCUUCUCCCACGCCAAGCAGUUGAGUGGCGAGGAUACGCGGAAGAAGAAGAAGAGACACAGAGAGACUCGAUAAAGAAGACGGGUCAACAUGCGGCUCAGACGAGGUGCCGAGCCUGAGGGCACUGUCCCGGCAGAGGAACCAGAGCCAGAACUUGAACCGACGUUGACUGUUACCGAAGCGGCUGUUCCCGAGGUGGAGGAUGUCAGCACGAGCGCCCCCACGCAGUCGACGGCGGAGAUGAUGGAGGAGCAGGCGGAGAUUAUCGCCGAGAAGAUGGGGAUGCCCGUCGAAGGACUCAUAGCCAUUCUCGUUGGUGUCGCUCUGCUGAUCCUUGGCAUCUGCUUCUGCUGUAUCCGACGAUGCUUCAAGAAACGCCGCACAAAGAAAGGAAAGGAUGGCAAAGGAGGAGACAUGAAGUCGGUGCAGCUUCUUGGAUCCGCCUACAAGGAGAAGGCUGACAUGGAAGAACUCACAGAGAACGCCGAGGACAUUGCAGAGGAAGGCGAGAGCAAGAAAAGCGAGGAGAAACUCGGACGCUUAAACUUUAAGCUCGAGUAUGACUUCAACUCCAACAGUCUAAGUGUGACCGUCAUACAGUGUGAGGAGUUGCCAGCACUGGACAUGGGUGGCACGAGCGAUCCCUAUGUUAAGGUCUACCUGCUACCAGACAAGAAGAAAAAGUUUGAGACGAAGGUACACCGAAAGACGCUGAAUCCUGUCUUCAAUGAGACCUUCACGUUUAAGGUCCCCUACGCUGACAUUAUGUCCAAGACGCUGGUGUUCGGCAUCUACGACUUCGACAGGUUUUCCAAGCAUGACCAGAUCGGCGAGGUCAAGAUCCCGCUGUGUCAGGUCGAUCUUGCGCAGACCAUCGAGGAAUGGAGGGACCUCGUGUCUGUAGAAGGGGAUGGAGGCCAGGAAAACAAGCUUGGAGAUAUCUGCUUCUCUCUACGCUACGUCCCAACGGCAGGCAAGCUCACAGUGGUUAUUCUGGAAGCCAAGAACCUCAAGAAAAUGGACGUCGGUGGUUUAUCAGAUCCCUACGUGAAGAUCUGUCUCAUCCAGAACGGCAAACGACUCAAGAAGAAGAAGACCAGUAUUAAGAAGUGCACUCUCAACCCUUACUAUAACGAGUCCUUCUCCUUUGAAAUUCCUUUCGAACAGAUCCAGAAAGUCAACUUGCAAGUGACCGUCGUGGACUACGAUCGCAUUGGUACCUCAGAGCCCAUUGGUCGGUGCGUGUUGGGUAUGAACGCUUCGGGCACGGAACUGCGCCAUUGGUCGGACAUGCUGGCAUCUCCUAGGAGGCCCAUCGCCCAGUGGCACACUUUGAAGGAUCCUGAGGAGGCCGAUGCCAUCCUUAACCUUAAGUAAAAAG